UUGGGAGUUCUGCGAUUUGGGCCUGAUGGGCUUUACACCACAUGCCUACAGCAACUCGGGAUAUUCGAUAAUGGGUUGGGUUUAAUCCGCUUCCAUUGCUUUGCCACACCAUCUGCUGCAGUUUAUUCUGAUUUUUAUCCCAAAGCCUCAAAAAGAGCUCCGCCAUCUCCCGCCAAUUCCAAAUUCUCUUUCCCCGCGAAGGAGCUCCGGGGGUCACACGCUCAAUCCCUCACAGAGCAAUCGCAGUCUCUUCCAACCGCCGCCUCCUCCGGCUGCUCGUCCACCAUGACCGCGGCCUGA